AUGGGGAUUCGAUUAAGAGCUUACACUUCUGUACAGAUUGGACCAGAGAUGCCCGCUUAUAACAUUUUCAGAGAAGGAAUGGUGUUGGAUCUUAACUGUCCUAACGCAAGACUCAUUCUUGAAAAGGCCUCUACCAGUCGCGCGUACAAUCUCCGCUACUCAUGGCUUUUAUUCACCAAUAAUGAUACCAAUCUAGAAGAUAUCCUCGCAGACUUGGUGAUAUUACCAGACGCUGAUGUGGUGGUCAUUGUCCAAGAGAGGAUGUUUGACGUAUAUAGGGUGAAAAUUGGUGAACCAUUGACGCUGCAUGAUUUCGGAAUUGGAAGAAGAAGAUUAAAGGACUUUUUGAUUUCCAUGCCAACCACUGUAACCAGGAGAAAGAAUUUAAUGAACGUGUAUCUUAAGGCGGCCACCAUAGUCAGUCAACCACAAUUCUUCAAAGGAUGGUCAGAUCUCCGAGAUCGCCAAAUUGACACCUUUCCUAAGCUGACUUAUCCCCUGAUGAUGCUUUUGGCUGAAGACCUGAAUUUUAGGUAUAACAUGAAACAAAUCGAUUUGUACGGCGAAGAGCACAACGGCUCGUUCAAUGGCUUAGCUGGGAUCUUACAACGCGAGGAAGUGGAGGUCGGAGUAGCCUCCAUGUUUCUUAGGAAGGAUCGCUGGCGAGUCCUGCACUACUGCUCGGAAACUGUCGAGCUUGUGGGUGCGUUUAUGUUCCGUCAGCCAGCACAGUCAGCUGUUUCCAACGUUUUCCUUCUGCCGUUCAGCAGAGGCGUCUGGGCUGCCGCUGGUGCCGUAUUCUUAGGCGCUGGUUUGUUACUAGCCACGCUGGGUUUUAUCGUGCGAUACCGAGCUCUCCCUGAUGAUUGUGGACCGCGCCUCACCCUCGGGGAAACCAUCACCUUUGCAAUUGGUGCCGUAUGUCAACAAGGUUCGGACUUGGCUCCCCAGAUCAUGUCUGCCCGGAUCCUCAUGCUCUUCACCUUAUUAUCAUCAGUAUUUGCAUUCACCUCCUAUUCAGCUAAAAUUGUUUCCAUUCUGCAAGCGCCCAGCAACGCAAUACAGACUAUAGAUGAUCUUAGUCGAUCCCCCAUGGCUAUGGGUGUCCAAGAAACCACUUACAAAAAAGUCUACUUCGCGGAAAGCACCGAACCAGCCACUCAGCGUUUGUACAAACGAAAGUUGCAACCCUUGGGUGAAGGCGCCUAUCUUAGUGUUGUGGAUGGAAUAGCACGCAUGCGCACUGGCCUAUUUGCUUUUCAGGUCGAACAGAACUCUGGCUACGAUGUAAUCAGUCGGACCUUUACGGAACGUGAGAAAUGUGGGCUGAAAGAGAUCCAGGCGUUUAAGUUGCCCAUGGUAGCUGUUCCUAUAAGAAAACAUUCUGGAUACAGAGAUCUCUUUGCUGUACGGUAUGUAAAUAAGAGUAAUGAGUUGACUAGGUUGCGAUGGCAGAGGGAGACUGGUUUGAUGGAUCGCACCCGACGCGUGUGGGUUGCCAGGCGUCCACGAUGUGAAGCUGAUAGCGGUGGAUUCGUCAGCGUUGGACUGACUGACGUGCUCCCGGCGCUUUACAUAUUGCUAGCUGGUGCCGCCGUAGCAGUCAUUUUGUUAAUUCUCGAGAUACUUGCUAAAGCUUCGCGCAGUUUUCAAAGACACCAAAUAAUACACUUUUAA